UCUGUCUCGCGUGCGCGCUCGCGCCUCGACAGGAAGUUGUUGAGAUUGGAAAGAAGCGGAGAGGGAGAGUCGGGCACAAAACAAAACAAAGUCGACGUGACUUAUUUAUGUUUCGAAAACGUCAGGGAGGAAUUUAAGGGUCGAGUAAAGCAGCCCGGGGACCACUGAAGGGAUUUAAUACCUCACAGACCCACACGGAGGCUGAAUAUGGACUGAAUGGUGGCUGGAAACCCGAUGGAGGCGGCGAGAAGUUUUCGGUUCGCCCCGCUGCUGCUGCCGCUGCUGCUGCUGUGGCUUCUGGGAGCGACCGGAGUCGCGGCGAGAGAAGUAUGUCUGGGUACGGAUAUGAAGCUGUCAUUGCCCUCCAGUCUGGAGAACCAUUACGAGAUGCUUCGACUCCUUUACACCGACUGCCAGGUCAUCCACGGCAACCUGGAGAUCACACACCUCCAUGGGACACCAGAUCUUUCCUUCCUCAAGGGAAUAAUGGAGGUUCAGGGCUAUGUGUUGAUAGCUCACGUCUCAGUGUCCAUGGUUCCACUGGAGAACCUGCGCAUCAUCAGAGGCAGUCAGCUGUACAACUCGAGUUACGCACUCGCCGUUCUGGACAACACCGGAGUCACACAGCUACUGCUCAGAAGUCUCACGGAGAUUUUAGUGGGUGAUGUUUACAUCAUGGGAAACCCCCAGCUGUGUUUCCCCAACCCUCAAUAUAUCACCUGGAAGGAUAUCAUGACUUACCAGGAUCUAAAUGGAAAACUGCUGCACCUGCAGUCAAUAGCACCUUCCUGUCCAGCUUGUACUCAAUCGUGCAACUCCAGGAGCUGCUGGGGCCCCACCGUGUCCGACUGCCAAACACUGACGAGCGUGCGCUGUACUUCAGGCUGUAAGCGCUGUAAAGGUCCCGAUGCGAGUGAUUGCUGUCAUGUGCAGUGCGCUGCAGGCUGCACCGGUCCCAAAGACUCGGACUGUCUGGCUUGUCAGAACUUGAAUGACAGUGGCACGUGCAUACGCUCCUGCCCUCCUCCCACCAUUUAUGACCCAAUAACGUAUCAGUCCAAACCAAACCCCAACAAGAAGUUCAGCUUCGGUGCCACCUGCGUGAAAACAUGUCCAAAUAACUAUUUGGCCACAAAUGUAGCGUGCACGAUGGUUUGCCCCAUAGACAAUAAGGAGGUCAUUGUUCAAGCAGAUGGUCAGGAGACACAGAAAUGUGAGCCAUGUGAAGGAGAGUGUCCAAAAGUGUGCUACGGUCUUGGGAUGGGGAACCUCCAGGGGAUGACAGCCGUAAACUCCUUGAACAUCGCUUCCUUCCAGGGCUGUAAGAAGAUCUACGGCAGUCUGGCCUUCCUUACACACUCAUUUCAAGGGGACCCACGCAGUAAUCUAUCAGGCCUGCAGUUAAGUGACCUCGAUGUGUUCCGGACUUUAGAGGAGAUCACAGGUUACCUGUACAUCGACACGUGGCCAGAAAACUGGAGCGACCUGAGCGUGUUUGAAAACCUGAAGGUCAUCAGAGGACGAAUGCUUUACAAGGGCGUGUUUUCUCUGGGAGUGCAGUCUCUCCAUAUCGAGUCUCUCGGCCUGCGUUCUCUGCACCACAUCAGCGGCGGGCUCGUCCUCAUCCACAACAACUCCAAGCUGUGUUACACGUCGUCUCUGCCAUGGGCCACUCUGCUUUACCCAAGUCAGGAGCUCAACCUCAUCAGCAACAACAACCAAGACCCCAAAACCUGUGUGGCCGAGGGUCAUGUGUGUGACUCACUGUGUGCGAAUGGAAGCUGCUGGGGUCCCGGGCCAAGUCAGUGCGUGUCAUGUAAGUCGUUUCAGCGCGGUAUGGAGUGUGUGGAGCAGUGCAAUAUCCAUCAUGGUGCCAUCAGAGAGUUCAUCAACGGAUCCUCUUGUGUUUCCUGUCAUUCUGAGUGUCGACUGAUCAAUGGCUCCGCCUCCUGCACCGGCCCUGAAGCAAACAAGUGUGUGGAGUGUGUGCACUUUCAGGAUGGUGACACAUGUGUGGAACGCUGUCCGAGCGGCGUGAAGGAGGAACAACACACCUUGUGGAAAUACGCCAAUGAGAGCGGACACUGCGUGCCCUGCACCACCAACUGCACCGUCUCCUGUACAAUGGAUGACCGAGGAUGUCCAGUUCACCAGAAAACUGGGCCCGGGACAACGAUAGCAGCAAUCGGUGGUGUGAUUCUCUUCGUUAUCCUGCUGGCUCUGCUCGUCUUCUAUAUGUGCCGGCAGAAGAAGCUGAAGAAGAAGGAGACUAGAAGGAGACGACUGCAGGAGCACGAGCUGGUGGAGCCACUGACACCGAGUGGAGUACAACCCAAUCAGGCUCAGAUGCGCAUCCUGAAGGAAACAGAGCUGAAGAAGUUGCGAGUUCUCGGAUCUGGAGCUUUUGGCACUGUCUACAAGGGUAUCUGGACUCCUGAUGAAGAAACCAUGAAGAUCCCGGUUGCCAUCAAAGUGUUGCGUGAGAACACGUCCCCUAAAGCCAACAAGGAAAUUCUGGACGAGGCGUACGUGAUGGCAGGUGUGGUCAGUCCGUACGUGUGCCGCUUGUUGGGAAUCUGUUUGACCUCCACGGUGCAGCUGGUCACUCAGCUCAUGCCCUACGGCUGCUUGCUCGAUUACGUCCGAGAAAACAGUGACCGCAUCGGCUCUCAGUACCUCCUCAACUGGUGUGUGCAGAUCGCUAAAGGAAUGAGUUACCUGGAGGAUGUCAGACUGGUCCACAGAGAUCUGGCAGCCCGGAAUGUUCUGGUGAGGAACCCCAACCAUGUGAAAAUCACAGAUUUCGGCCUGGCUCGCCUCCUGGACAUAGACGAGACUGAGUACCAUGCAGACGGUGGAAAGGUGCCCAUCAAGUGGAUGGCACUGGAGUCGAUUCUUCACAGGAGGUUCACUCACCAGAGUGAUGUGUGGAGUUAUGGCGUGACUGUGUGGGAGUUGAUGACCUUUGGCAUGAAGCCAUAUGACCUCAUCCCAGCACGGGAUAUUCCUGAGCUGCUGGAGCGAGGAGAUCGUCUUCCCCAGCCUCUCAUCUGCACCAUGGACGUCUACGACAUCAUGGUCAAAUGCUGGAUGAUUGAUCCUGAGUAUCGACCCAGAUUCAAGGAGCUGGUGAAUAAAUUCAGCACCAUGGCAAGAGAUCCUCCGCGCUACGUUGUCAUUCCGAAUGAUGAGCAGAUGAGUCUGUCGAGUUUGGUGGACAGUAAGUUUUACCGCACGCUGCUGGAAGAAGAAGGAGGGAAUGUGAAGGAGCUCCUGGAUGCAGAGGAGUAUUUGGUGCCACAACCUGGAUUCUUUGAGAAACAGGCUAAUGGACUGACAAAGCAUCACUCACACAGGAGCACGGAUCUGGGACUGGAGACAGACGGUAUGCCGAGUGGGCGGAGCAUGCACUCGUCAGUCAGCACGUUGGGGCGGAGUCUAUACCCGACACUUCCCGUCGGAGCCACAGUCAAUGGGAACUGGGGAGGCUCUCAGUACCGCUCGCUGGCCCGAAGCCAAUCCCAUUGCUCCGCUGGCGGCCAAUCAGACUCUGUGUUUCUGGACGGAGGCAGGGACGAACCUCCAUCCAGUCCUGGACGCUACAGUAAAGACCCGACUUUCCCCGGGUGCAUGGACGGAGACAUGGAAGUGGACGGGCUGAUAAGUUACCCGUCACACUCAUUGCCACGCAAAACACACACGUAUCCAGAGUAUGUGAAUCAAGACGUUCAAUCAGAGCGGGCGAACACGUUGCCGCGUAAAUCCACCGAGCGGCAUUUACACAACUGCCUCAGUGCUGGGCGCAGCGUGGAGAACCCUGAGUACCUGGUGCCCACGUCUCCCGCUUUUGAUAAUCCAUAUUACUUGGAUCUUGUGGCUAAAGUGCCGAAUGGGGCUUCAACAGGCGGAGCCACAUCACCUCCCAGGCAGGUGAACGGCUACGUGACGCCUACAGCGGAAAACCUGGAGUACCUGGGACUGGUCUAAACCUGGAGCGGCCAGAGAGAGCGCACCUGAGAAAGGGGCGGGGGGGUUUGGGAGCGAGUGAAUCAGUGAACAAGUGAGCCAAACACUAUAAUACUGUAUGUUCUAGGGCUGUCAGAUUGCUUUAAUAAUUGCAUCUUAAUUCUAAUUAUUUAUAGUCUUUGAAUAUCAUCAAUUCGCAUUUUUAAUUAGACAUCACAAGGAGAUGCCGCAACGUUUAAAGAUUUAUAAGCUCCAGAAUGAUGAUGUGCUGCCCCGUUCGCCCAGUGGACUGCCAUUGGAAAUUGAGCCACAAAAACGUUCUGGAAGCGAACGGACAUGAUUCAGAACGCAUACUUUCAUUUCCUUGCUUUUACAUUUAAACAGAAAGUUAGUGUGUAAUUUUGAAAAGGUGAGAGAAAACAUGGCAUGUGAUUGAUUUCACGGAUUAUUCAGAGCAAAUUUCCUACAACAGUCCUGGAUGAAACCUGUCAACUAAAAGUAGCACGAGGCUCCAUAAGCAUGCGAAGUUUUCCCUUUGAAAAGUGAAAUUUGUUCUGACAGCCUUAAUACAUCUGAAACAUGGAUGGAUGGAUGGAUGGAUGGGACAAUUUCUGGUGAUGGAUAUCCAACCUACAGACAGGAACGUCUCAAAUUCCAUCUAAAACAUGGAAUUUCCUUUUAAAAUCCGAUGUAGCAUCCAGUAUGUGGACAGCCUGGACAGUUUUCGUGGUAUUUUACACAUCGCUUACUUCAGCGUCACUGAAAGACAGUGAAUUCAUCGAACUUUGAAAAAUGAAUCAAUCAAUGCACGAUGGAUAAACCGAACACAGUAAUGAGCCAGCAGGAAUGUGUGUGGGUUUUUUUUUUUUAAAGACGACACUAAUGAAGCAUGUGAGAAUGCACAAACUAAAUGACACUGGAUCUGGAAAUCACUACUUUGACUAUUAUUUGGAUAUUCUUUUUUUUUUUUCCCCUCUCUCUCACCCCAUUUCCUUGUCCAUUCCCGUCACGCUUCUUUGUUUUCAGUCUUCCAAAAAUGGCAGCUCAAGUCUGGUGUCAUUCGUGGUGCUGUUUCCAGGCUGACGUCUGGAUCGAGCAGCUCUUACAGCUAUACGUUAAUGUGGGAUGUGACAGGUCAUCAGCGUAGAACUCUCUCCCUUGCAGCAGUUUAAUCCUGUUUUUAUGCACACAUGGUGACUUUCCCUCACUGGAACCACCUUAAAGGAUUAUUACAGAAUCAUCCUAAAUGAAGACGUAGGAUUUUUACAAAAACAACGAUUACAAAAUUGAGCAACUUUCAGAGUUGUUAAGUAACAGUGAGUAGCCAAUGUGUUCCUGUGAUCACGCUGUUAUUGUUGCUCUCGAGUGGCUGUUUAUGACGUCAUGAUGAAUGUGAUGGACACUUGAGGGAAAGUCAACGAUGGUGUGUUUUAUAAACUGUUCAGAAACAAUUUAAUGUUACUAUACGGGACUUUAUUUUCUUGCAUGACCAGCCAAUGGCAUUCAAUAACAGAAGAUGAGAGAGCUUUCUCCUAAGGUGUUCUCUUAAACAAAUCACAACUAGGGAAAAGCUUGACACAAGGUUAUAAAUAAAUAAAUAAAUACACACUGUGCACUGUCAGUCAAAA